GGCGCCUCCUUUUGUUCCAAACCCGUACCCGCGAGUCACCACAUCGUCUCUGCGCCGCCGCCAUGGCGACUCGCCGGAAGCCGACCUCGAAACCCUCGGAGAUCCCGCCGGAGGUGCGGUCCGUGGAGGCGAAGCCCCCGCAUCCGGAUCCUCUGGCCCCUCCGAAGUUUGGUCUCAUCAUCCCCGUCGCUGCCGCGUUCUUCCUCUCUUUCUUCUACCUCGUAUUCGUCAAGUACCAGAUCGAGCCCGACCUGCGCCGAUCCAUCGCUAUCAACGCCGCUAUGAGCUUCGGCGCCUUCGUCUUGGCCGUCCGGAUGAUCCCCGUGGCGGCACGCUACGUGUUGCGACGGAAUCUCUACGGGUUCGACAUCAACAAGAAGGGCACACCGCAGGGCACCAUCAAAGUGCCUGAAUCUUUGGGUAUUGUUAUUGGAAUUGUCUACUUGGUUAUUGCUAUACUGUUUCAGCAUUUCAACUUCACUUCAGACUCCAAUUGGCUCGUCGAAUACAAUGCGGCACUAGCAUCUAUCUGCUUCAUGAUUCUUCUAGGAUUUGUGGAUGAUGUUCUUGAUGUCCCAUGGAGAGCAAAAUUGGUGCUGCCCUCAUUUGCAGCUCUUCCCUUGUUGAUGGCAUAUGCUGGGCAUACUACCAUCAUCAUACCGAAGCCCCUCAUUCAAUAUGUUGGAGCAGCUGUUCUGGAUUUAGGUUGGAUAUACAAGCUAUAUAUGGGUAUGUUAGCUGUUUUUUGCACAAACUCCAUCAACAUACAUGCUGGUUUAAAUGGCCUGGAAGCUGGGCAGACUGUUGUAAUUUCAGCCGCGGUCUUAAUUCAUAAUGUCAUGCAAAUUGGUGCAUCUACAGACCCGGAAUAUCAGCAGGCUCAUGCAUUUUCUAUUUACCUUGUCCUUCCUCUGCUGACCACUUCAUUGGCUUUACUUUCAUACAAUUGGUAUCCUUCAUCAGUCUUUGUUGGCGAUACCUACACUUACUUUGCUGGAAUGGCUUUGGCUGUAGUUGGAAUUCUUGGCCAUUACAGCGAGACACUUCUGCUUUUCUUCUUGCCUCAAGUUUUGAAUUUUCUUUAUUCAUGUCCUCAGCUUUUUAAGAUAAUUCCUUGUCCACGGCAUCGCCUACCAAGAUUUGAUCCUCAAACAGGACUCUUGACGGGGACAAAGGAUGGGACCCUUGUAAACCUAUUCCUGAGAUUGUUUGGUCGGUGCACAGAACAGAUGCUAUGCAUCAGGCUUCUCAUUUUCCAGGCUUUAUCAUGCCUCUUGUGUUUCUGGCUGAGGCAUGUUCUUGCUGGAUGGUACAAGUGAGACGUGAAGAGCAAACAAGGUAAGCUUGCAGUUCGAACUACAUUCAAACUACAUUUUGGCUGAUCGAUCCCUGACAAUACUUGUACUCUUUAUUAGAAACUCAACUUUGUGGAUUCUUGUUGAUUUCAUUGGAUGUAAAAUUUUCCAAUUUGCGUGGACGAGACUGUUAUUAGCGAUACUGUAUUUAAUCUGAAGAGUUUAAUUACCGCGUCCAUGGUUUAA